AUGUCGUAUUUUCUGCGUAAUCUGAAUCCAUUUUCUUCAACAGAUGCAAGCAUUCAAAUAGAUUCUUAUUCGAAUCAUUCAGCCAGAUUCAUCGAUCAAAGCAGCGUCUGCAAUAAUCGACGAACACAACAAAAUGAUUUAGCAGGUGCGAAAUCCGUAUGCAGUCAAUUUGCACAGUUGCUUAGGUACUGUGCGAAAUUGCCACCAAGAGGUCAAUUACUGCGUCUGUCUUCUCAAAGAAAGGCACUGCCACCUUCAGCCGAUUCAGAUGGUACUACUUUUUUGGCAUCUCUUAAUAAUUUUUUGCAUAUUACAGUUUCGUCGCAAGAACUUGCAAUAUCCCAGUUUUCCUUUUUAAAACAUUUUUUUCUUUCUGAUGAUGGCAUGAAUUCUCGUCGAAUUGUUGUUGUCGGCGCAAACAGUGACGGUGUGACAAGUCAUGAGUUUGAAGCAGCCUCUUUCGAUACAACAACAUGCUUAAGAAUUGUUGCUGCACCUUCUGCAUAUGCUGCAUUGUUAAAAAUUACGUUGUGUUGUAUGGAAAAUGCUUUAGAGGAUGGUUUUAUUAACGAAGUUGAACUCGAUAUCAAAGAUUCCACUCUUGAAAAUCAUCUGUUAAAUAAAGGUGACCAAGUUGUUCUGAUCAGUCUAAAGUGUCUGUUCUCAAUAUUAGCUGAAUUAAGUAAACGCGAUCCCGAACUUUGCUCAGAUGCACUUGGUUCGCUUUUGAAACUUCUCGAGCAGUUGAAUCCUGAUGCGCUUUCUACCGAAUUACAUUCGGCAGUGCGCUCCAUGCACGAAAUAUUGAAGCAGCUCAGAAUAGAAGGUUCUAGCGAGGUUUCAUCGAAAGCUACAUCCUGUUUAAUAGCCUUGGCUACAGCUUAUGGAAUGCCUGAGUUUUUAUUAUCAUCUGUGGCUUCUUUACUUUGUGAUACAACCAAAAGCGAACUGAAAAAUGAACCGUUACCAAUAACGAUUCCCAGCAAUCACCAUAAACUUGCCAAUCUUGUUCAGCGAAUUAUAAUUAGCAAAUCGGAAAACGGUGGAAGUAUUGGUGAUUGGUGGUCAAAUUGCUUGCAUAAUUAUGUUUUAUUGUCUGCUUUUGAAGUGCGUAUCCCGAGUGAUAUCACGCCUGAAACACCCGAUGAUCGCCGUCUCACUGGAUCUGUAGCAUCUGAUGGCAGAUAUAUUUAUGUUUUGACCUGUCAUGGUUUAUUAAAAUUUGGGACCGGAUUGGCUGAAACAAUUGCUGGUAAGCUGUAUGCUUCCAAUGCAAUGUUGAAAGCAAACAAAGGAACUUGGCUUGCUAUUUGUAAUGGAUCUUUAUACCUUCGUCGACGACAAUCAUCCAGGCUAUGGGUUAUCGAUGUGGAUACGCUUCGAGAAAUUGGUGAAAUUAUGCUUCAUAGUGCUGCUGUUACUGGUGCGUUGGUAACUGAUGGUUCGACGUUUUAUCAAGCAAAUUUUGAUGAACAGUGGAAUCUCUUGAUAAUACCUCUUGAUGAUUCGUUUACACCAACAUCGGAUCAAAAGCAAUGCCAGAAGUAUCGUCUUUGCGAAAUAGGUUAUACCGCAGUUGGUGAUUGUCAUCCUCUUCCACAUGAACUUCCUCUUUCAUUGCCUAAAACAUUGCAAGCGCAAGCAUCUGAUCUUCAAAUGGGACGUGAAGUAGCAUUUUUACUUGCUCGAACAGGUAAGGUUUACUACGCUGGCAAUGGUGCACGUCUUGGAUUGCAGGACACGGGUUCUAAUUGGAUGGAACUUGUUUUGCCAGACUCAAUUGUUUCUAUGUCAGUGGGCACAGAUACGGAAACAGUUGUUUUACGGUCAGGUUCAGGUCAUGUUUGGAUCUCGGGUUUGGGACCAGAAAUAUACAGCCAAAGUAGUCCAGCAACUGCACGCUUUCAGAAAGUUGAUGCAGGACUUACGCCAGCGAAACUAAGGAAGUUUCAUAUAUCCAACAGGCGAAAAUGUAUUUCUGUGGCUUUAUCAUCUGGAUGUAUCGCAUAUGUUAUCGAUAAUGGAAAAGCAUAUGUAAGUGGUCGUCAUGCGAUGCACUGUAAUCCUGAAACUGGUCAAAUACUUGGUUUAGAAGGUGUAAAUUUAGUGUCGAUAGCACUGGGCAAAACGCAUGCAGCCGCAAUCACACGUCAUGGACAACUUUUUACAUGGGGACUCAAUAAUUUAUGUCAGUGUGGUAGAGCUGAAGUGGUGUCGUUAUCAAAUCCUCGCAUUAGUGGUGCUCACCAGAUGUCAUUAUCGCAUACUGAAGUUGCAGACGAUAAUGAGAGAACUGAAUACUGUACACUGAAUGAGCAUUUGUGGGUGAAGGAUUUUGCGUCAAUUUGUGCAAAAUGUGGAGAAUGUUCUGCAAGAGGAAAUAAAUGUUUUUUUGCUGGAAGCAGACGUGACAUGCAAAAGGUUAAGAAAGGAACUCUUUGCAAAUGUGGUGAAGGCGAAACUUGUUGCUUACGAUGUGGUUUAUGCCGAGUUUGUGGUGAGCGGUUAGCAGAGGAAAUGUUACAAAACGACGAAGAACGACUUGGAACGUCUCAAAGGACUUUUUUGCCACCAGCUCGACUUGUUUUACAGAAAUUUCUUCCAGAUACUAAAAUCUCUUCGGUCAGUUGUGGUAAUUACCAUACGAUCGUUCUUGCUGCAGAUCGUCAGGUGUUUAGUUUUGGUUCGAAUUGUCAUGGUCAACUUGGUGUUGGUGACACUAAGCGAUAUGUUGGCCCUCAAAAAGUAGAAUUACCGAUGAAUGUUCAAGUUGUACAAGUGGCUACUGGCGCAAAUCAUUCGGUACUUCGUACUGCAGAUGGAUCUGUUAUAACUUUUGGUGCUUAUAGACAGGGACAAUUAGCUAGGUCUGCUGAGGAAUGUACAGAAUCGGUAAAAGUUUGGCACGCUACACCAAGUUUUGUUAAAGGAUAUGGACGAGGGUGUGGGACAGUUGCAACAUGGGUUGGAGCCAAUGGUGAUAUCACUUUGAUACACAGUCAAAAGCGAAUUUUCAGCAGCGAUAUUAUUUCAAAUUGCCAGAUUGUAGCCAAUAAGGAUGCGAUCAUAAUUUUCCCCAAUGAAGUCGGAAAAGAUUAUGUUGCUAUCCGUCGUAAAUUUAAUUCAUUUUAUCGGCAUUCUUUAGGACCAGCUGGACUUUAUACCAGUUGGUACUUGGAGUCGAAAUAUAACUUAAUGUGGGCGUUUAACGCUGCUGAAAUGCGGAUUCAGUCCUACUGCAAUAGUCUUGUCACAGAUGCUGUUGUCACUGAUAAAAAGCGUGAGGUCAUUUGGAAUGAAAUUUCACUUUUAAAGGCACCAGAAUAUUUUUUACCAGUCGAACCUGAUUCUCAGUUAUCAGCCUCUCACAUGGCUUUAAGCGUUCUGUGUUCAACUUUUGUUAUUACUAUGCUUGUCUCUUCAUUAUCUGAUGAUGAUAGGGUAGCAAAGUUAGAUUCUAAAUCGUCGGUAAUCGCUCAAGGUAACAAUGGCUAUGAAUCAAGAGUUAGUUAUCAAACAGUGAAUCGUUUUGAUGCAUAUGGUGGUGGAUGGGGUUAUUCUGUUCAUUCAGUAGAAGCCAUACAGUUUCGAGCAUCGCGUGAUAUCAAAUUUCUUGGAGUUGGAUUGUUUGGUGGUCGUGGCGAAUAUAUAGCAAAACUGAAAUUAUUCCGUUUAACUGAAGCGGAAUUCGAUGAGCAAAGUAUCGAAUUGAUUGCUGAGUCUGAUGAAAUGUUGUUUGAAUGUGCAGCGCGUGAAAAAGCGCAUUUAAUGUUUGCUCGAGCUGUUUCAAUAAAGGCCAAUCACUGGCAUGUCAUUUGUGCCCAAAUCAACGGUCCAAGCUCUGAUUGUGGUGCAAGCGGCAAAACGAAUGUUACAGCUGAGGAUGGAGUACAUUUUUCAUUUCGAAAUUCAAGAAUGUCCAAUAAUGGGACGGAUAUUAAUGUGGGGCAAAUUCCUGAAUUACUAUACGUUUCAGAAAUAUCUGGUUCAGCAUCUACAAAAGUUAAUAAAGAACAAAGUUAUGAUGGUGAUAUAAGUGAUUCUAAUAAGAUAUCUGCCGUGAUUCGCAUGAAAUCACUUAUAAAAUUCUCACCGAAUACGCUCUCAUAUCUUUUCGAAAUACUUGAGUGGUCCGUACAGCAAGCGCUUGUGGUAAAAGAAACUGAUUAUUGUGAGGAAAUUUCUUGGAAGAGAGAAAAAGCCACUGCUAUAGCGAUUAUUUGUUUAAAAUUGGCUUGUUUUUACGUUCGGUGUUUAUAUUCUUUAUCAAGUGAGAAGACAACUGAGAAACGUACUGAACCGUCAUUCGAAUUUAAUAAUCUUAUGGUGCAGUUAAACACAAUAAUGAAUAUGCUAUUCGAGUUAUCCAAUGAUCAAUUAUUUAACGAGAAUUCCACUGGUCUUGCUCUACUGGAAGAAUCAGUUCGUACCUAUGUUCUUUGCUCACAUGUUUUGCUGCCAAGUCAGGCGAUGAUACUCAGUCGUUUAGCCUACUUGAUGUCGACUCCAAAUCGCGAAUGGUCGCUCGUUGCUCUUCUUAGCGCGCUUUGUCAUCAAGAUUAUGUACUUCCAAUCCUUUUAUGGACAAAUCAAGAUUUCCAAUCCAAUAUGUUCAGCGAAUUAUCGAAAAAAAUGAAUGAAGAAAUGCUUAAAACUUCUUUAGGCAAUAAACCGCAGCGUCUGACAAAUUUUCAGAAUAUUCUUCGUUUUUUAUUCGAAAUCGCAUUUGCACAUCACAAUGCAGAAAAUUCAGAACUUACGACAAGUGGUUUGCUUCUCAGAUCUGCUGCCCGAACUCUUAUUGUUACCAUAGCAAAGGAACUAGUUACUCCUAAAGAUUCGACCAGUAAUUGUCCACCAAUAAUGCAGUCUCCUAAUAGAUUUCGUCGUACAAUGACUCAUCCAACCUGGGAUGUUACUAGUGGAGCAGCUGAUGCUAUUUCAAUUAAAGUUGACGUUUCAGGAGUUAUACUUCACGGAAUUGGUGUGUACUGCGCUGAUCACGAUCAACAAUAUUUUUAUACUUGUGAAAUUUUAUUAAACAACGGGGAUGCCGCUCAUGAGCAGUGGAAUGUUCUUGAAAAGUUUUCUGGAACGUUGGUUUCAAAUCAGCCUAAUUCUACUAUGAAGGAAAUUGCAAUGCUGAAACUCAGUAAAACUAUUUCUAUGCAACCCGGAAUGGUUUAUGCGGUUCGACUUAAUAUCACUGGUGGCAAAACAUUCUGUGGUGAAGGUGGUGUUGGAACGGUUCGCCUUUGUAAUGGUGUUCGCCUGCAGUUUCAGCCAUGCAGCUUAAGCCUCAAUGGAACAUCAUUAGCUCGUGGCCAAAUCCCUUUUGUUCUAUAUUCUAUUAAAGAAAGUGAAGCAAAAAGUAUUCAGCAGAUUGCAGAUAACGAAAAACUAUCUAAUUGGUUUCUUUUAUUAAUUAGAAUGCUGUCGGCCAAAAUAUCUGAUCUGUUGGCUGCUAGGCUUCUUAAAACAAAUGAAAGGAUGGCAUGCUCUAGCAUUGCAGGUUAUAUAAUGGUUUUUCUUGAAUUAAAUCCUAGACGUGCCUUGGAUGUCAUUUCUGCUUUAGAUGAUCUUAUUCCGAUGGUAUCCUCAGCCAAUGGUGAACGGCAUUGUAACGAAAAAGUAGCUGGAAAAUCAAAUAGUACUUGCGGAUCCACUAGCCUUCAAAUUGUAAUUGAAUCGUCUCACCCUUAUAUUCCAUCCAAGAUUCAUUCACAGAUUGUUAAUUUUGGUGCAUCAGUGCAUUUUAUGUUAGUACAGUUCAGUGAAGAGUGUGAAACAUCUCAGGCUGACGAUAUUUUAUGGCUGUAUGCUCGAUUAAAUGAUGAAUCUUAUUUACCAGUUGGAAGAUUUUGUGGAAACAGAGAUUGGCCAGAUCGUAUGCUGUUGGUUCCUGGCAACAGUUUGUGGUUUAUAUUAGAAACUUCUGCAAGUUCGGAAGAUAUCUUGGAAAAACAGAUGUAUGGAUAUCGAUGUACAGUCACCGGGUUUCUCUAUACUGAUAUGGAUUCGAAUUUGGUUUUAGAAAAAGAGUUAACUUGGAUUUGUGCAAGUGCAUGUCGCUUACUCAUUCAGAUACCGUCAGAUCCAGUAAUUCUUGAUGCUAUCACAAUCGCUGAAGAAGAAAUUCAUGAUAUAAUACAAAAGCAUGGGUCGCUUCUUCGAAAGGGUUUGAAUCUGUCGCACAUACCUACAGUCAAUGAAGUUUUGAAAAGAAGUUUGCCUGCUUCAAAUUUAACUCCUGGUUUGAAGUUUCUGCGGGAAUUCAUCGCUGGUUCAUCAAAUACUGUGGCUGGUUUCUUAGCAAGUUGGAUGAUGAAUGAAUCUGUAAUAGACUGUCAUAAAAGUCAGUUGCUCAUACCUGAGGAAGAUAUACGAGUUGGUGUGCCAGUGCUGAUACAUCUUGUGCCUCGGGACCAGUAUGGUAGACUUGCGUUAUGUUCAUCAAUGAAAGUGGAAGUGUUAGUACGAAAUGGAGGUGCCGAUCAAAGUUCCGUGGGCAAUGGUGCAGUUCAAGGAAGGCCUUCAAAUCCUUUGACUACGUUGGUUCCCACAUUAGAUCAAUUAUGCAAGGAACCGUUUCGCCCAGUUUAUUUGAACAGAGCUCGGUACAUGUCAAUUACAAUGAUGGCAAAUUUUGCCGAUUAUUCGUUCGAAGAACUGCGAUUUGCUUAUAUUCGAUCAACCAUAUUUAGAGACUAUGUUGCUAUGAAUUUAAGUCCGAAUGGAAGCUUCUGUGGUGAAUGGUUUCCUCGAAAAGCUGGAACAUAUCGUAUUGAAUGCAAAUUGGAUGGUUUUCAAUUAUCACAGAGCUAUCUUCUGGAAGUAGUCGAUGAUAUUGGUCCAGUAUCUGCCAUUUCAAGACCAAAUGACACUAGUUUGAAGAGUAAAAAAAGACGCAUAGCUCAUUUAAGCAGGGCUCGAUUUGCGGUUUGUGAUCAACGAAUUAUGUCAAAAGGAGUACGUAUUCGUGCAACACCAACGCUUAAUGCCCUGCAAAUAGGAAUUAUUUCUCGAGGACAUACCGUGUCGUAUGUUGAAGAGAUUGAAAAUAAUGAUGGUAUCUGGUUGCGAUUAACAGAUGAAGCAAGUGCAAUGCACUGUGCUGCACAAUUUCCUACCCAAGCAUGGUGCCUACAAUAUAGCAAACAUCUCGACCGUUCCUUUCUACUAUUAGAGUCGGAUGAAACUGAUCAUAUUGAAAGUGAAGGAUUACAGUUAGAUGCAAAAAUUUCUAUGACAGUUCCGGCACAAAAUAUAAAUAUAGUUGACGAGUUCGGAGAACAUUCUCUGCUUAUGGAAGCGAAAGAGGUUUAUAUAAUUCCAAGUGGUACUUCAGUGGCUCUUCAUGAAGAUCCUUCGCUGGAUUCAAAUUCUAGCGAAACUAUUGAUGGAUCAUUCCAGCUGGAAAUUAAAUCAGAUGGUUGGUUGCACAAUAGGCAAGGGAUAUGGAUACGGCUUGUUGAUUUUCAGCACAAAUAUGCUCUUGCUCAAGACAAUAACGGUCAGUGCUUUUUGCAACGCAAAAAUUCGCUUAAUCAUCACUUAUCUAAUGGUAACGAUGGAGAAGGGUUAUCACCUUGUUCUCACAAACCUGUUGCCCAAAUUCCUCCUCGAUCCAGAAAAGAACAACCAGUUAAAGCAACCCGACCAUCUAUUGCCGACUGUUGUCGCACAGUUUUUGCUGCUUUUUUAUGGCAUGAAAAAUUAGUUAAAGAUGCAAUGGUCUGUAGCACAUAUCUGAAAUUUCAUCCCGAAUUACAUCAGGCAUGUUUUUCUCAUAUGUCAUGUCCUUCUACACAAGAUCGUAUGGAUCUAAUAACUGCAACACCUUUACAUUCGUUAACUCUUCUAUGGCAAGAAAUAAAUAAUUCUGUUCAAAGAAGUAUUGAACAGCAUUUAAUUUUACCUAGUCCACCUUCAGUGCGCCACUUUAACUUACGGCCUAUCAGUUCAAAUAUCGCUGGAAACAAUCAGGCUCGGACUACGAAAAAAGAUGAUUUAUGUGAAUUAUGUGAAGAAUGGCAUCCAACACCUGUGACAACUCAUAUGCGCAUGGCACAUGCUGGGUGUGGUAAAUGCAGCGGAGGUCAUGGUUAUAACAGCCUAGGAAAGUAUACGAGUGGUUGGUCAGGAAAAUGUGGUGACGGAGGUAGACCAAAUGCUGUAUGGUACUUGAUGUGUACGAGUUGUAGAUCAAAGCACAUGAUGCAAACUCCAACAGCUCAUCAGCAGGUGGUCAGUAUAUAUUAUAUAUCAGUAUAUAUUGUCAAAAAUAUUUUGAAUCAUCCAGCUUUGUUAAUAUUUAUUGAUAUUCUUAAUUUUGGAAGGGAAAGAAAUAGACGAUGGCGUGAAUUUCGCAUGACAGCAGCAGCGAAUGAUGUUACUCCUGAAACUGUCAUUAAGGAAAAUGCCAAUUUCCUUCUUGAUUUGAAUUGUUCCGUUGAUGGAGAUAGUAAGGAAAGUUCGAUUUCAACAUCCGGAUGGACAAUUAAUUUGUUUCCGCAGACAUCUUUAUCUCCACCAACUCUUCGUUCGGCUUGCGCUCAAGUUGGAUCAGGCUUGCUAUUGCAACAGGCAUCUGCUAAUGAAAAAUAUCGAUCGCAUAUGCGAACUUUUUCUCAUGCUAGUGACCCAGGUCCUAAGGACUCUUUGCCGCAUCUUCUUGUAUCCACUUGCAAUACAUUUGCUUGCACCUCCAAGAUUGGUUCUUCUCCCAUAACAUAUGGUAAUUGUCACUCUGGAAAUGGCGAAUUCGCAUCUGCUUUACGUCGUCGGUUAACUGAUUGUUAUGAAAGGCGACAGUCUGUUGAGAUAAUGCGCAGUCCAUCAACAGCUCUAAAAUCGUUGUUACAUAAUAGCAAACAGAUAAGCAGUGGCGGAAGUCAUAAUUCAUUAGGAAAUGUAAGUGCAUCAUUGCGUCGCCCUGUACUCGCAUUUGUUAUUGAGCGGCAUGAUCUUAAGCGUAUCCGUGAAGCUAUGGCGACUGCAAUUGCUCGCGCAAUAUUUUUUUCACAUUCUUUCCGUGUUUGGAAUUGGUUAUUGAAAUUAGUCUCUUCAGAAUCUAGUGUGUCAGAUAUACUGUGGCAAUAUUUGACAGCUCUUACAUCUUACUCGCCUCUAUGUAAGUGGAAUAAAGAUGGUUUACGGAUAGCGACGAACUUGAAGCUCUUGCCUCAUCCGUGGAGAGUUUGCUUCCUUGCAGGUCCUAUCGCAACAAAAAUGAUCCAUCAAAUGCAUUCAUUUCUUUACACAUUAGCAGUGAUUUUGCAAUCAAGUGGUGUGGAUCAUAGUUUACGUUGUUUGUGUUUUCGUACGUGGACCUUCCAGCUUACUGCUCAUGAACAAGUUGGUUUAAAAAUUGAAGAUCUAUUAGUUGUACUGUGCAAUGUAUUGGCAACUGUAGGAGAUGUACUAUCUGACCCCUCUUCCGAUCAGUCAUGGACCCAAGAUGAUUGUGACGGACGAAAUGCUCGAUCAAUUCCAUGUAAAUCACAACAACAUCAUAAAUGUCAACCCGAUGUAAAAGAAAUGGAAGAUAUUACUUCCUAUGUCGAAUGUGAAGCAUCUAGUCGGCAGGCUAUGGUCGUGUGUUUAACUGAUGGAAGUAGCGAAACUUUUUGGGAAAGUGGAGAAGAGGAUAAGAACAAAUCACGUACUCUAACAGUUCAUUGUCAUAAUGAACACAUUAAUGCUGUGUUGCUGGCUGUGCAUGUAGACAAUAUUCGUGAUGAAGGGUAUCGCACGAAUUCGGUUACAAUUUUAGAAGUAGAGCCUAGAGAAAUUCGUCGAAAGCUUUAUUCUGAACAACUCGAUCAUCAAUUCAUUGGUUGGAUCAAAUGCUCGAUCGCAGGCAUAAAUACUGUUCAGAUAAUAUUCAGAGGCAGCAACGCAUCUGUGCGAAUUCGUCAGCUUCGAGUAUUCGGGUUUAUAAUUAAACCGGGUCAUAUAGACAGUCCAAUAAAUCAGCGAAGUCCACUUAGACCAUCGAUUUCUGAUCAACUUUUAUUCAGUUCAGCUCAGAUAGAUGCAUUUGCACUAUUUCAAGCCAUUGCUGCUCAGGCUUUUAGUGAUGAAUUUUCUCAAGAAGAACAUGGCACGUUACGUCAACAAGUGCUUGAAUUGCUUUUCAGUCGUGUGCAGUUGCAACCAUUGCAAAAUUUUGUUUGUUCUCAAAUGGUUAACGCUUUAGAAAGAGAGGUAUCAAGUUUACGUGAAAGAAUGAAGAGGAAUUAUUCAUACGCUUGUGGAUUGAUGGUAAUGCUAAUAAAAAUUUGCAAAUCUAGACAAGGACUUGAAGUGUUCAGCGUUCAAAACAAUUUGCUGAUUAUACUAAGCGAAUUGCUUCUUUUCGCACCUCAGGUAGUUCAGUGCCAAGUAAUCGAAACGAUAGAGUGUCUUUCGCGUCUUUUCAAUCCGAAAUCAGUUGACUGUCACAAAUUCGUGCAAAAUUUGUUAGCCGUUGUUGCUAAAGUUAUAACGUUGCAGGUUAAGGAUAAAAGUACUCAUAGCAUAAUGAGUGCUACGCUUUUUACUCAAGUCACAGACGCCCCACAACAUUGGCGCAUCGAUCGUUCAAUCACAGUUGAUAUUGGAAGACUUGCGAAGCAAUUUCUCGCGGAUAUUAGCAGUGGAUCAAUUAAUGAACAUUGGGCGCUAGCGGUCAAGACUGAAUUGGCUAACCAGGUAAUGAAUUUUAGUCGCCUUGUUUCAAGUCGAUCAAAAAGUCUGGAAGCAGUGUCAUCGGGACUUCAAGUAUCUGCUGAAUCUGGUGUUCUUGGUGCAUCGCGAAUUGAUAUAAUAAAGAUGGCAAAAUUCUGGCUUUCCAUAGCUGCUUUAUCUUUGUUGAAAGAUUCAAAAUGGCUUGAGCUGUCUUCGGUAUGGCAAAGCCUUAAGGCCAAUAAAGAUCAAGCGCCUGAACCAUUCUGUGAUAAUCAUGAUGAUGGUCAAACGCUUGCGAGAGUUUAUUGUGAGGUGUGUCAGUGCUCCCUCUGUCAGGACUGUUUCACUAUACUUCAUUUGAACAGAAGAAACAGGAGUCAUGAAGUUCAAAUCGUUGGAUCGGCUAGCGGAUGCCCGCAAGUUGACAUUCAUGAAGGAUGUACAAGAUUCCGAGUUUCUCAUUUUAUGGUUUUAAUUCAUUCAUCUGCCUUAAAUGGCAUGGUUGAAUUCAUUUCUGGCAAUACAAAGGAGCUAAUCGAGGCUAAUAUAAAAUCUGCGAAUAAUUUUGGCAUAGGCUUAUCAGUACAAGCCACUACCUCUGCAGCUUCACGAUUAUGUCGUUUCUGUGGUAACCAGUUAAACACCAGUCAUGAACGUUUAAUCGGAUUGUGUGGCUAUGAAGAGUGCAAGCAACUUGCGGCAUUUGCUUGUUCAAAACUCUUGAACUGUGGUCACCUGUGCGGUGGAAUUCGUGAUGAGAUCACUUGUUUACCAUGUUUGAACUGUACUAAACCAGAAAUGCGGCAAGAUGCCGAUGAUCUUUGCGUUGUUUGUUUUGUUGAUCGUCUUGGCGGUGCACCUUGCAUACUUUUGGAUUGUGGUCAUAUUUUUCACUACUGUUGUGUUAAAACUGUUCUUGAAAAGCGGUGGAAUGGUCCAAGAAUUACUUUUCGCUUUAUGCAUUGCCCUCUGUGUAAGAAACAGAUUGCUCAUCAAUCGUUGAACGAUUUGCUUGCUCCUUUGAAAGUCUUAUACGAGGAUGUAGCCACGAAAGCACGCUUGAGGCUUGAGUAUGAAGGACUGUUACAAUCCCCAGCAAUAGUAUCACAAAACAGUGAAUUCUUCGAAAAUCCUGAAGCUUUUGCCAUGGAUCGCUACAUGUAUGUGCAAUGUUUUAAAUGCAACAAAGCUUAUUUUGGUGGUGAAAGUCGUUGUCAACAGGCACUUGACGAUUCACAUUAUAAUCCGGAAGAAUUGGUUUGCGGUGGAUGUUCAGAUGUUGUUGGAGCUCAGGUAUGUGGUCGUCAUGGAAUGGAUUAUUUGGAAUACAAAUGCAGAUUCUGUUGCUCGGUCGCGGUGUAUUUUUGCUUCGGUACAACUCAUUUUUGUGCUGCAUGUCACGAUGAGUUCCAGCGAUUGAUGUGCUUACCGAAGCAGCUAUUGCCGAAAUGUCCUGUUGGACCAAAGGGAAUGCAGUUGGAAGGUGGUGCGUGUCCAUUAAAAAUUCAACAUCCUCCAACUGGUGAAGAGUUCGCACUUGGAUGCGGCAUUUGCCGUAAUCUUAGUACUUUUUGA